UCUCACUUCCACCAUAAACCCAUUUUGAUCAACUCUCUCUCUAAUUUCCUUCCCAAUGUUCCUCUCUGGAGAACAAGACGUCCGGUUCUGUCGGCCGGUUCUCGAAUCCGGGUUCACGCCGUCUGAAAUCCAGGAGCUUUGGUCUCUAUUCGAAGAUCCGGCCGGGUCCAGCCGAGCGGUGGAUGACGAGAGGAGGCGCAAGCGAAUGAUGUCGAACCGGGAGUCGGCGAGGCGUUCCAGGCUGCGGAAGAAGAAGCAUUUGGAGAAUCUGACGGUUCAAAUGGACCGGCUGAAGGUGAAGAACCAGGAGCUGAAAAGGCAGCUGAAUGUUGUGAUGAACCGUUAUUUCAUGGUACGGAGACAAAACGACCGUUUGUGGUCGGAGUACGUGGCGCUCCAUGCCAGGCUGUCCGACCUUUACCGGAUUUCCAUGCAACAGAAGAUCAAGAAUAAUGACAACUCCAACUCAUGCAUGCAAAUUUUAUUUUAA